GUGGGUGAGCGAUUCUAAGACUGCUCCGCGUUUUAUCAAAUACAAUAUGCUGCGGUCGCUGGGGCAACAGGAGGAGCUCUACGGCCUCUCCCGGCGGUGCUUUGAAGUCCUCGACAAUCGUGUCGAAGCGAUCAUGGCAAUGCUCAUGGAGACGUCUCCGGGUCAAGCCUUCAACAUGCCCAACUUAGCCACCGCGGAAGGGCUCAAGCCAGCAGAGACUGGCGAGCUCGAGAAAGUGCCCUCCUCUCCAGUUCUACCUCGGUCCGAGGAAGACGAUGUCAGCGUGGAGCAGCCGCAUUCCACGCGACGCACCAGCUUGCAACCUUUGGCGGAGGAUGCUAUCAAGGCUGCGAUGGACAAGUUGGAAGCCUACGUCCUGAACGCCACAGAAGCUGCCUUGAAGGGAUCGAGGGCUGCGAUUGAGAAGGCGCUGCAGGAGAAGGCGCCGCUGCUAAUGCCCGGCUCGACGGAGCAAUGGCAAACGCAGCUUCGGCCUUCCCGGCCGUCCUUGGUGCAGGCCAUGGGCGACAACAUCUUCGAGAAGCGCCGAAGGGUCAGCAUAACAGAGAAGCAGGGAACCUCUACAUCAGAGCCUCGGAAGGGCGAGGAGUCCCCUUCCGCCUUGAAGCCCCGGCGGCGGAGCCGGAUGGCCCUUUGUGUCCAUCAGUAA